CCUGUCGUCUCCGUUGCGCGCCACCUGUCCAUCCCUCCCUCUCUCUCUUGAGCUGUCUCUCUUACUCUCUCGCGACUCGCGAGAAGGGUCUUUCCGCUGAAUCGUCGCUCGAAACUCGUCCCCAACCUCCGCCGGAACGCGAUUUUCCCCCACUCUCCGAUCACCGUUUCGCCGAGUUACCGGAGUUUCGAAAGAGCGAGAUAAAGUUAGAGAGGGACGAAGGAGGCGAGAAGUUGCAACCGAAAUGAGGGCCGUUGCGUCGCGGUUGAUCGACUCGAGAGCUUCCCUGUCUAGAUUGUGUGCAAUGGCGGGGUACGGUGAGCGGAGAUGUUACUCAACUGAUUCUAAUAAGGUAGAUGAGCUUUUCAAAGUCGAGGAAGCUGAAACUGUGAACGUCCCUCCGCCGCCUCAAGAAAAGUUGCUGGUGUUAGGUGGAAAUGGUUUCGUUGGCUCUCAUAUUCUAAGGGAGGCUCUAGAUUUGGGCUUAUCUGUUGCUAGCCUUAGCAGAUCUGGGAAGUCAUCAUUGCAUGAUUCAUGGGCUAACAGUGUCACGUGGUAUCAAGGGAAUCUUCUUUCGCCUGAUUCAUUGAAGGAUGCUCUAGACGGGGUCUCUGCGGUUAUUUCCUGUGUUGGGGGUUUUGGCUCACAUUCAUACAUGUACAAGAUCAAUGGAACUGCGAAUAUCAAUGCUAUUAGAGCUGCUUCGGAAAAAGGCGUGAAAAGAUUUGUUUACAUUUCUGCUGCGGAUUUUGGCCUGGCUAACUACAUACUGCGAGGAUAUUACGAGGGGAAGAGAGCUGCCGAAGCAGAAUUACAGGCAAAGUUUCCAUACGGAGGAAUAAUUCUGAGACCAGGCUUUAUCUACGGGACUCGUGGUGUUGGAAGUCUGAAGUUGCCUCUUGGUGUCAUUGGUUCUCCUAUGGAAAUGGUUCUUCAACGGGCAAAGCCGCUAAACCAACUUCCAGUAAUCGGACCCCUGUUCACACCUCCGGUGGAUGUGAAUGCGGUGGCCAGGGUGGCACUGAGGGCAGCAACUGAUCCGGUUUUCCCACCUGGGAUUAUAGAUGUUGAUGGGAUCCAGCGUUACAGGCAAUAAGUAAACGUGAAGAUAGAAAUGUUAGCUCUCUACUACUUGUUCUUUUUCAUUCUUAGUUAACCUGCUUCCUUCUGUGAACAGUUGAAGCUGUAGAGCUGCUGGCAGAGGAACCCUUUAUCCCUUACAGGCCAAUAACCAGGGAGUUCCUUAAAAUGUUGGAAGAAUGUUGAGUAAGUUCGUUGAGAAUUAGAAUGGAAAUAUCAAAUAUCUACUGUUAUUUCGAUGUUCGAAUCCUUCAAAUAACACUUAACAAUAAAAAACAAGUUUGUGUCGCUCCUAAAAUAAACUACUUGUAGUCAUACUUUACUAGAACGGUUUCUUCAUUAUACAAUAUUUCAUAAUCUUUAUUGAUGUCUCGUAAUUUCAUCAUUAGUGUUAACAUAUAAGCAAUGUGGUCUUCUCUAUUGGAAUUUGGAUGUGAACCAAUGUUGAUCACACCUGCCUGAGCUACUGUGCCGUUGUGCAACUCCGACGAAGAUUGAAGAUUCUAUCAUCGGAGUAGGUCUUCGGGUCGAAUCCACAAAGAUUCCAUCAUCAGAGUAGGUGUUUCUGGUGAAUCCGCAGGAAACUCCAGGCGAACGGAAUACGUGGAGGGGCUCAGCGCAUUCACAUUGGCGAGAUGAACGUCGCUACAAACUCUGUCGUCCCUGAUAGUACGGCAUUUGAGAUCUUUCGUGUCGAACGUCCUGAACAGAUCCUGACUUCUUCUCCAGAACGAAGGUUUCCAUUGUGAAUCGUCUUCUUGGGGCAACACAAGCUUCCCGUGCUUGUAAACGAACACGACGAUAAAAACACAGAUUGCUAAAACUGCAGCCAUGCCAGCAAUCAGAAACAGGCUCCGGAAGCUGUUCAACCAACGCUUGUUCUCUGAAGCAACCGAGGUACUAGACUCCUUGCACCUCCUGUUGUUCUUGCCAAUCCUUGCUUCUUCUAUUUUGGUCUGCUUAUCUCCCUCAACCACGUUCACGGCUGCUCCUGCAAUAUCUGCAACCAUUGGAGAUCCUUUUGGGAAGACCUGCAAGCACAAGAAAUGAAAUGUUAGACCAGUGUACGUACGGUAGGGAAAAGGUUACGAAGUCAAAGGUGUUAGUUUCAUUGAGGAAUAACCACAAACACCUAGAGUGCCAAAGAACAAAAGAAAAUGAACGAAAAUCGAAGUGCGGGAAUAAGCCGGUCCGUACAUACCUGAAUCAGCAGCAGCAGCUUCAACAACGCCGUCUCUGCUGGAAUUCGUGGUGUUGAUGACGGCGCGGGUGGUGGUGUUGUUAGUGCGCGAACCGUCGGAAUCGGAAAUUGACCCUACGUUCAUAGCCACCGUCGCGUUAUUGCUACUGCUCUGCCCCGCCACCGCAGCAACAUUACUGAUCGCCGCACAAUAAGCGGUGGCGAACAACGUCGUGACGAAGAAUCGUGACCACCCCGGAUUCUGCAGAAGGCGGUAGCUGAUUCCCGGCGUCAUCGUUUUGAAUCGGCGAUCUAAUUUGCGAGGGAACAAAGGGAGCAGAGCGUCGCCGGAGGCCUUUUUUCUCCUUUUGUUUGUUUGGGAAUGAUGAGUUGUUGAUUUAUAACCACGAAAGAGGAGAAAAGUCAAUGGAUGAAAUGCGUAGUUUGAAAUGAAGAAAUUAGAUACGAUCGAGCUAGCAGUUUCGUGGAAGUUUAACCAAUGCGUUGAAGCAAGAUAUAAUUAAGGUGCUAAUUAAUCAACCAGCCCCAUCGCCCAUCGCCAUCGGCACGUCUUGAUGAUGUAAUAGUAAG